GUCAUUACUCUCUUCCGCUUGGUAUUGAGGCACUUUGAUUCUGUUCUCUGUAAGAUUAAAAAUUGAAGAGAGGGAAAGUUGGGUUCUUUUUGAAUUGGGGUUGUGGGUUUUGUUUUUAAGGAUUCGUGAAGAAGAGGGAAAAAGGAAUGAGGUGGGAAAAGGUGAAGGGAAUAGGAGAAGGACCAGGGAAGAGGUGGGGCCACACGUGUAACGCCGUUAAAGGUGGCAGGCUUCUUUAUAUCUUCGGCGGUUACGGCAAACUUAACUGCCAGACCAACCAAGUUCAUGUCUUGGACACUUUGAGGCAGAGUUGGGGUGAACCAGAAAUUAAUGGACCUCCACCUACCCCUAGGGACAGCCAUAGUUGCACUGUUGUUGGUGAUAAUCUGUUUGUGUUUGGAGGUACAGAUGGGACCAAUCUGCUGAAGGAUUUGUGCAUACUAGACACUUCUUCACAUACAUGGAUUUGUCCAACUGUGAGAGGAGAAGCACCAGAGGCACGUGAGGGUCAUGCUGCAGCACUUGUUGGCAAAAGACUGUUUGUGUUUGGUGGUUGUGGGAGAUCUGCUGAUAACAUUAAUGAGGUGUACUACAAUGACCUUUACAUAUUGAAUACAGAGACGUUUGUUUGGAAUCGUGCUACAACAUCAGGCACUUCACCAUCUCCUCGUGAUAGCCAUUCUUGCUCGUCUUGGAAAAACAAAAUUAUUGUGAUAGGUGGUGAAGAUGAACGUGACUAUUAUCUGUCUGAUGUCCAUAUCCUAGAUACUGAUACUCUAAUUUGGAGAGAACUGUCUACGUCAGGCCAAUCAUUGCCACCUCGAGCCGGUCAUUCUACGGUUUCUUUUGGCAAGAACUUGUUUGUCUUUGGGGGCUUUACAGAUGCUCAAAGCCUAUACAAUGACCUGUAUAUGCUUGACAUUGAGACUGGUGUGUGGACGAAGGUGAUGACUGCUCCUAAUGGUCCUUCUGCUAGAUUUUCUGUAGCUGGUGACUGCUUAGACCCAUGUAUGAGUGGUGUUCUUGUGUUUAUUGGUGGAUGCAGUAGAAGUCUGGAGGGCAUAGAUGAUAUGUAUUACCUAUACACAGGGAUUGCACGGGAAAAUGAACGGAGACCAGAUAAGUUAUCCUUGAGGAAGCAAUUGAAGCUGAAAUGUCUUGAACAGAAUCUCAAUCUUGUCCCAAACCCAGUUCUGUGUGGAUAUGGAGUGGGUGCUGAUAGCAACCAGCCCAUGGCAAUCUUGAACUAUAAUAGCCCACUAAGUAGACUAAAUAGUCCAGUAUGUCAAUCCUUGCCUCCUGGAAAGAAAAUCUUUCAAGCCAAUGUUACGGAAAGAAACUCAGCAGGAUAUCGUAUUGAAACCGUCAUUGAUGGAAAGCCUCUUCAUGGAAUUCUGUUUUUAAACAAGCCACACACUCUUAAUCCAGUUACUAAUACUUCCAGUAGGAAAAGGGCUUCUGCUGAUAUUGGGAGUGUUGUUUCAAAUGGUAUAAAUUCAAACAAUUUGACAACUUCUAAAGUGCUCAAGCAGGAGACAAUUGAAGAUAGACAGGAAUUACAGGGAGGAGACAGUUCAGAAUCUCGUGAACGCCACAAGGAAGCUGAUACCACUGUCAUAUCAAGUACCCCGACAACUGCUGCUGAGUCCUUUAAGGUUUCCGUCAACCAAGAACCACAAGCUGUUUCUUCGAAUCGAAAUGAAGAAGAAAAUGUGACAACGAAAUCCUUAGUUGAGAACUUGAAAACCGAUGCACCCAAUGAUGUGGCAAGUUCCAAAGGUGUAACAGGGGAUUGCUCAACUCCAAGGACAGAAUGCACAGUGAACCGGCAAAAUUAACUUGAACUCAGGUGUUUGUACAUUCCUCGUCUGAAGGUGACAACAGAUGCACAUAUCAGUUUAAUACAAAGGUGCUAACUGGUGGGAUAUACUGUUACCUAGAUAUGCCUUGAUCAUAAAUUUGUUGAGCAAAACCAUUUUUACCUUAGGUGUAGGUAGUUUUAGUACUCUGUCCGAAACUAGUGAGAUUUUUGGACACUAAACAGUCCUUAUUCAUUGCAAGGAGAAAUGAUUUUGUUAAGAGGUUGACUGUAGUUUCCAACUUUUUACUUUUUCCCCUUGUUUUGUGGGUAUCAUCAAUAGAGGAAUCUUGCUUUCAUUUAUCUUCUUGUCUUAGUAGUUAGUAAUUUUGAGGCGUUUUUGUUU